CGGGAAAAGAUGCGAAACCUAACUUCCUGGGAAGAAGCACGACGCCGUUCCCCAGCGAGCAAUCGCGGAUUGGUUGUCGUCUUCUUCUUCCUGUGUGGAGCUGUAGCUGGUCUCUGAUUUUGAACUGGUAAUUGUAAGUUUGUAACGCAACCUCUUCUGCAGCAAUCCCCUCGUCAGCGGCCAUCGGCUCCGCCCUCCGCAUUCAGCUUGGAUUAUAUGAACCGCUGUUCUCUGGAGCUAAGACGCUGCUGUUUAUUGUCUUUCAGCCGUGAAUUGCGAAAUUUGGGAAUUUGUGGCGGCCCUUCUCUUGACUUGGAGGAUAGAAUUUCGCAAUGGCAAGUAAAGGGCGGAUUCCACCUCCUCAUCAUCGACGCUCUUUUCCAGGACACGAGCCCUUGCAUCCUCCUGACCCAUUUGCUCAGGGAAUUCGACCUGCACCUGGUCCUUUUCCUCCAUUUGACAUGCUGCCUCCCCGAGAAGUCAUGGAACAUAAGCUUUCGUCACAACAAGUGGAGAUGCAACGACUUGCCACGGAGAACCAAAGGCUUGCUGCUUCUCAUGGGAACUUAAGACACGAACUUGUGGCUGCUCAACAUGAGCUCCAGAUGUUGCAUGCUCAUGUGCAGUCUAUUAGAGCGGAGAGAGAACAACGGAUGAAGGGUCUUUCCGAUAAGACUGCAAAGAUGGAGACUGAAUUGAAAGCUGCUGAGCCUAUCAAGAAGGAUUUGCAGAAGGCACGGACAGAAGCUGAGAAGUUGGUUACGGAUAGGCAGGAGCUUAUGUCUAAAGUGCAUCAGUUAAAUCAGGAAAUUCAGAAAGCUCACAUGGAUGCACAACAAGUUCCUGCUUUAAUGUCUGAACUAGAGGGUCUGAGACAAGAACAACAGCGAUGCAGAAUUUCGUACGACUACGAGAAGAAGCUGUUUAGCGACCACCUUGAAUCACUUCAAGUAAUGGAGAAGAACUAUAUGACAAUGGCCAGAGAAGUGGAAAAGCUCCAUUCACAAUUGGCUAAUGUAGCGGUUUCUCUCAGGUGGGCACUAUCCUGGCACCUCUGGGAACAAUGAGAAUGAGGCUACUGGGCGCGCUGGAGGACAAAACAUGUAUGCUGAUAGCUAUGGCCUACAUCAAAACCAGGGUUAUUUGACUGCUUCGGCUGCUGCUGCUGCUGCUAACUCUGGAGCUGCUGUGGUCGCCGCCAAUGCUGCUAAUGCAGCUGCAGUUAGUGGUACCACUAACUCUGUAGGAACUCAAUCUGGGUCUGGAGCUGCAAAGCCUGGUUAUGAAGCACCAAGAGUUCCUGGUUACGAUCCCUCUAAAGGACCUAGCUAUGAUGCACAAAGAGCAAUGCAUGGCUAUGAUGCUCAGAGAGGCCAGGGUUAUGACAUGCAGAGAGCACCUGGAUACGAUCCUCAAAGAGUGCCUGCAUAUGAACCACAGAGACUCCAUGGUUAUAAUGAUAUGCAAUGGGGAGCUAACUAUGAUGCAGCCAGGAAUGUUGCCUAUGAUGCAAUGUCGAGAGGGCUGGUUGCUGCACAACAAGGGCAAAUGGCACCAUCUGCUGCUGCGGCUGCUCGUAACAAUGUGGCCUACGGCUCUGCAACGCCACCAACUCGUGGAGGAAGUGGAUAUAAUGCAGCAGCAUCGGCAGCAGCUCAAGCUGGAAAUCAAGUCAAGAGAUAAUGCAAACCAAUGCAUAGUUUCAACAGCUCGAGUGGUAACUGAUAUGAGAUUUUACCUACCGGGAUUUUGUUCACCAUUUCUCUCGAGAGAAUGAGAUAUGUAGUCACUCUGUGAGCAUAUACAGCACACCCAUCCAAGUUGCUUUCUCGUGGAACAUCAGAGGCCUUGUAUUGUAAUGCACCUGUACUAAUUGUCAUCGGUAUUAUAGGCCCCAUUCACCAAUUGUCAGUGGCAUCCGAUCAUUUUGAUGCUUACUGUCUAAUUGAUAGCCAAUUCAAAUGCAAGGCUUUAGCCUUUAGCUGGCUCGAUUUU